CCGCCACGCCACGAAAUGAAGUACUUCCCGAGCUUGUUGAAGGAGCAGCGCGGGUGGGGCUGCUUUAGGAAGGUGUUGCAUACGGGCUUGUAUUCCCAGCUUGUGGCUAUGGAGGUGCCGGUGGGAGGCGAUAUUGGCGAUGAGACACACACAGUCGACCAAACCCUCCUCUUCACCUCCGGCACCGGGCGCGCCACCGUCGCCGGCAAAGAGCAGCCCAUCCGCGCGCAGGACGUCGUGGUCGUGCCGGCGGGCACGCGGCACCAGUUCGUGAACACGGGGGACGUGCCGCUCGAGCUCGUCACCGUGUAUGCGCCUGCUGAGCACGAUGCUGGCACUGUGCAUGCGAGCAAGGAGGAGGGGGAUAGAGAGGAGGAUGCGGGGAGGGAUGAGGCGCCGGCGUGGAGUCGGAGG